AUGCACGACGAACUAAAUAUUGAGUCUGAAGAAGGCAGUAUCAUAGAAGAAGAGGAGGCCGACCCGUUGUGGGAACUUGACGAUGAAGAAACACCAGGCUCGUCCAAACGGUCGUUCCUAUUCGGUGACAUGGAGGUUUCUAAAGAACAGACGGAAGUACAUUACUCAAAUGUCCUCUACAGUAAACAUGGCACUCGCCCGAAUUCGGAUAAAGCGGCCAGUAUCGCCUAG